AUGCUAACGCGUCAAUUUCCCCAGGCCCUCUUGAAUACCUCCAAGCGCUCCGAAAUCUCCGAAGUUGUCGACAUCAACUUGUCGCGCGAUGAGGACUCAGUCACUUCUCUCGCCGCCGUCCAAGCCGACGACGAAGCCAUCGUCGCCCUCGCCGGCAUCAACAGCUCCGUGGCGGAGCAGAAGCGAGGCAAUAACCAGCAUCUGCGUUCCUUUCGCAUUGAUCAUCCCACCCGGAAAGAGAAGGACAACAACAAGGAAAACGAGAAGACAACGAACAAUGGACAAACCACCGCGCUUUCGCGAACAUCACUAUUUCGCACCGUGAAAGGCCCCUCCUCCGGCGCCGCCUCCCCCGACACCUACCAGCGCACCCUGCGCCUCUCCCCCUGGCAAUCCGACUCGACCUCCCCGCGUGUCGCUGCCAUCGCUACUGGUCUCGCCCCGGCCGGCGAGAUCGUCUUCUUCAGCGCAACCCCCACCCCCAGUCCAUCCGACGUGAUCGGACGAAUCCGUCUCAACAGCGACGAGGAAGCCGAGGACGUCGAUCUCACCCCUCUCCCCGACAACAAGGGCCAAUUCCGCGUCGCCUACACCAACGGCGUCGACAUCUGCAUCUGCACCAUCUCUGCCGACACGCGCUCCAACGCCUCCCCCGACGUACAAUGCGUCUACACCACCCCCAUCCCCGACAAGGGAUCCCCCCGGAUGCGCCCCAAGUUCCGCGCCCUCCGCUUCCUCUCCUCCACCAGCCUUCUCCUCCUCCAAAACGCCCCAGACCGCAAAGGCUGUGAGCUCGUCCUCCUGGACCUCCGCCCCGCCAUCAUCACCUCCGCCAUAGCCACCACCACCACCACCACCACCAAAGAAUCAACUACCAAAGGCGCCAAAGCAUCCAUCCUCCGCCGCAAGAAGCUCCGCAAAACCAUCAAGAUCGGCCUCGGCCUCGACAUCUGCCUCCUCAGCCCCGACCCCACCACAAACCAACAACAAGCCGUCAUCGCCAUCUCCGGCAGCGACCAAUCCAUCGAGCUCCUCACUCUCGAAUUCAACCCCUCCACAAACCGCUACAACUAUUUCCAAACCUACACCUCUCUCCGCGACGUCCACCCCUUCUCCAUGACCAAGCUCUGCUUCUCCCGCUUCCACUCCCCAUCUCUCCCCGUCUCCCCCGAAACCCCCCCACAAUACAUCAAACUCGCCUCCGUCAGCAUGGGCAACACCGUCGUCGUCCACACCCUCCCCUUAUCCCCCUGUCCCCCAACAAGCCGCUCCCCGCGCUACGUCCUCUCCAUGCCCGGCGACUCCGAAAUCUGGACAAACCUCACCUCCAGCUUCGCUGCCAUCCUCUCCAUUCUCACCGUCUGCUUCAUCCUCCAGGCCUUCACCGAGAUCCGUGGCGCCAUGCCUCCUUACCUCGGCGCGAAGGACUGGUUACCACCUAGUAUCCGCGAUGCUGUCGCUAUUCCUUAUGAACCUUUUAGUCCUUCUACUUCUCCAUCUAUCCCUACUACCAGUUCUACUCCCAUCCCAGAAGUAGAAUACCCCGCACAAAUCCGUUCCCUGAACGAUAUCCUACUCUCCUCGGAUGAUCUCCAGCAGCAGCAGCAGCAGCAGCAGGGGCGUCAAUCCCUCCUGAUAAACUGCAAUCCGGAGACAAAUACCCUUCGGAUUGACUCCACUGAUCCAUCUUCAUCUUCCUCUGAGGCCGAUUCGGGUAUCCAUAUCUGGGAAGAUCUCUCCGAGGAGGUUCGACACCAGUGGAUCAGUCAGCUCACGCAAGCGGGGUAUGAGCCAUCUGGUGAAGAUGUUGAUGUGGAGUCGAUAUUCAAGGGGGUGAGGUUUGGGGAUUUGUGUACGGAAGUGCCCAUUCAUGAGGAGUUGUGA